AUGAAAGGGAAAAAACUAAUACAAGAAACGGGAACCUCUACAGCUUGGGCAGGAUUCUGUUUCCGCACUAGAGCAGUCAAGGCUGGUCAGGCGAACAAGGUUAGCAAUUCGGAUUUGGCAUAUCGCGCGAUCGAGGAGAUCCGCUCAGUGUUUGACAGAAUCGCACACGCAGCAGCAACUGUUUCUGCCAGUGCGCCCGGCGUGGCUGACGAUGCCGCGAAGGGUGACCCUUUCGAGACGCUAGUGGAGGAAAUCGUUUCCGGUAAAGGCGGAAAGAUCGCUCUCUAUGGAGUCGGACGAGAGGGCUUGAUGAUGCGAGCUCUGGCCAUGAGACUGUACCAUCUAGGCCUGCACGCCUCCGUCGUGAGUGACAUGUCCUGCCCUCCCAUUGGUCCAGGAGAUCUCCUCCUUGUCAGCGCCGGCCCAGGCCGCUUUUCCACUGUGGAGGCUCUUCUGGGGGAGGCAAGAUCUGCAGGAGCUAGGACUGUGGUUAUCACCGCACAGCCGGAAGGGGAUUCUGCCAGGCUGGCAGAUCGUGUGGUGUACAUUCCUGCACAGACAAUGGCAGAUGAUAUUGAAACUGGUGAAGGAAGGGAUACGGCAAUUCAGGUGGUUCAGGUGCUUCAGGCGAUUCAGGUGGUUCAGGCGAAUCAGGUGGUUUAUGCAAUUCAGGUGGUUCAGUUGAUUCAGAUGGUUCAGGAUAUUCAGGUGGUUCAGGUGAUUCAGGUGGUUCUUUUGGUGGUUCAGACGAUUCAGGUGGUUCAGAUGAUUCAGAUGGUCGAGACGAUUCAGGUGGUUCAGGUGAUUCAGGUGAUUCAGGUGGUUCAGGCGAUUCAGGUGGUUCAGGUUCAGCUCAUGCAGGUGUUGGAACACGUCAGCUCCGCACCCAUAUGCAUGCACCCCUCAUUCUCCCCAUUCCCCCCAUUCUCCCCUUUCUCUGCCUUCUCCGCCUUCUCUCCAGACUCCCCCGUCUCCCCCUUCUUCCCCCCCUCCCCCUUCUCCCCCGUCUCCCCCUUCUUCCCCCCCUCCCCCUUCUCCCCCUUCUCCCCCUUCUUCCCCCCCUCCCCCUUCUCCCCUGUCUCCCGCGUUUUCUCAAAUCAUCGUCAGCUAACCAGUGCCAUGUACCACAUGCGUCUGUUCGGCAUGGCAUUGGACCGACAGGACCUCAUGGACUAUGCUCACAUCUGCACUUCCCCUUCCCUUCUCCCCAUUCUCCCUGUUCCCUCAGCUAACCAGUGCCAUGAGCAUUACCUGCACGGCAUGGCAACAUAUGCCGUGCAUUCCCAUCAGCUGUACCAGCUGCUAGGGAGAACCCCUGAGGGGCGAACGGCAAGGACGUAUCAACAGUACUUCCAGAAUCAGUACAACAUAUUGCUGCAACACCCCGACCAGCCUCUGUUUGCUGUGUGCCCGUUAAAGCCAGAGCUGCGCAACGCACUGCUGCUGCAGGCGCCGCCAAAAUUGGACCCUUGGGAUCUUUUCAAUAGGGCCGCCCACAUCGGGCGAGAGGAGCAGAUGCCUGUACCUGCCAGUGCUGCAGUGGGGACGGCUGUAGCUGACACGGCUGUAGCAGACAUGGCUGUAGCUGAUACAGUUGCAGCUGACACGGCUGAAACAGAAACCAGUUUAGCAGAGAAGGCUGUAGCAGAGCAGGCUGUAGCAGAGCAGGCUGUAGCAGAGCAGGCUGUAGCAGUCAAUGUUGCAGCUGACGGGGCUGUGGCAUACAAGGCUGUAGCAGACACGGCAACAGCAGAGAGGGAGCAGCAGAAGCAGGAAGAGCAGGAGCAAAGCACAGGGCAGGAGGAGGCAGUGAAGGGGGAGCAGCAGCAGCAGGGCAGAGAGAAGGACCGGGGGCAACAAACAUCAUGUCUCCCUCGGCAAACAUCGUACCUGCCAUUGGAGCUACUGGUACCGGUGCUGCCCAUGCAGCACGUGCUCUUUGCCUCGCUGCUCCCCUCGCUGCUCUACCGACUCGACUGCCUGCUCACUGCCCGGGACAUCCGGCGGUUCAUUGUGAGGCAGUAUGGGUGUGAGAGUCACGGGAAUUGUGAGGUGACUGGCAGGGCAAAGAACAAGAGUUCUCGCAAGAGGAAAGGCAAGGCGAAUUGCGGCAGUUUUGGCAGCACUGGUGGCGGGUACAGCAGGGAAUCGCAGCAGCACGUGCAGCAAGGACCUCAUUUUCCUGCUAUUACUCUCCUGCGCGCCCUGAGAUGCCCCGGCGUCGGCACUUACGAGAAUGACGAGAUCCUCGGUGACAGCUGUGUGCAGCUCUCCACAUCCUGCCACCUGUUCUCCACUCUGCUGCCACCGGCGCAGGCAGCAGCCGCCGCCAAGUCAGCGUGCAAGCCGGCCAAGAUGCCGCUCGCUGACGUGGCAGAGGCCCUGGUGGGCGCCAGCUGGCGGUGCGGCGGCGCUGACAUGGCGCUGCCGGUGCUGAGGUGGCUGGGCCUUCCUACGGAGGGCAUUCGGGAGCUGCUGAGGGCUGGUUGGCUGUCGGAGCUGCAGGAUGCAAUGGGGUAUCGAUUCCGAAAUGAGGGGAUACUGAGGGAGGCGAUACGGGAGGAGGAGUUGAAGUGGGAGAGGCGGUUUGUGUUCCUGGGGGAAGCUGUGCUGGACUUUCUAGUCAUGCACUACUGGGUACAAGCAACCUUUGUCAUGGCCCAUUCUCCUGCCGCCACGUCACCAAAUGCCACGUCAUCGCAGACUGCCACGUCAUUGCACACCGUCCGGCCAUCCCCGCACCAGCUGACGAUUCUGCGCAAGGCCGUGAUUCACUCGGAGCGGUUCUGCCAGCUGGCGGCGUGCCGUGGGCUGCUGCGAUUGGUGCGCAGGAUACAGCGGGCGGCAAAGCCUGCUGAAGAGUGGGCUGCUGCUGACAAGGCUGCCAGGGUGGCGAAAGCUGCUGCUGACAAGGCUGCAGGGUUGGCAAGGGCGGCUGCUGAUAGGGCUGCAGCGGCUGUUAGGGCCGCUAGGGAGGCGAAGGCUGUUGCUGAUAGGGCCGCUAGGGAGGCUAAGGCUGCUGUUGAUAGGGCUGCUACGCUGGCAAAGGCUGCUGGUCUUGUUAGUGAAACGGCAUGGGAAGAGGUGGGGAAGGAGGAAGGGAAAGGGGAGGGGAAGGAGGUGGGGAAGGAGGAAGUUAAAGAGGAGUGCUCACCUCUUUCCUCCAACCACAACCCCCGCUCCCUCUCUCCCCCUGAUCAGGACGUCUCUGAUCUAAUCAAGGCCCUCACUGCAGCAGUUUUCCUUGACUCCACUCCUCCAAACACCCCUCUGACCGCACUCAACACCCACGCACCUCUCCAACUCUCAUGCCCUCUCGCCCGCACGUGGCACGUGGUUUCUUCGUGGCUAUGUCCCAUCCCCCUGCUGCACCCCGUCUCCAUCCACCCUCCGUCCGCCCUGCUCCUCUUCUGCACAGCCCUCGUCCUCCCCGCCCCCAUCUACUUGCCCAAAGCUCAGGGGAGGGGGGGUUUUUUGAGUGGGGUUGGGGGGAAGCAGUGGGGGGAGGAGUGUGGGCGGGAGUGGGGGAAUCGGGAAACGGAGGGGGAAGGGAAUGGGGAUGGGGCGUGGAAGGACGAGGAGGGUGGGGAAAGGGACGGAGGGAUGGCGUGUGGAAGAGAUGUGGGAGGUGGAGGAGAAGAGGAUGGAGAAGAGGGAGUGGAAACUGGUCUGUGUGAAAAGGGCGUGCGGGGAAGAGGAGUGGGGGAGGGGGAAGGUGAGGGAGGGGAGGGGGAGGAGGGGGUAGUAAUGGAAGUGGAGGUGAGAGGAGUGGUGCUGGGAGAGGGGUGGGGGGUGGAUGACAUGGCAGCAACAAUCGAAGCAGCCUCUGGCGUGCUGAGAAGAGCCAAGGUGAGUGUCAUGAACAAAUUUGCUGGGGAUGUGCCAAUGGAUGGUGGAUCCACCGAUGGUGGUGUAAUCAACGGUGUUGAUUCAACCGUUGGUGGUUCUACCGGUACUGCUUGUGGUGGGAAUGCGAGACCUGCUGGUGGUGACAGCUGUCAACCUGGUGGUGGGAACACUGGCGCUAGCAGGAUUGUAGGUUACAGGUAUUGCUCGGAUUGUGUGGUUACAGCACCUGACGGAUCUACGGUGGUUCGGCUGGCCAGCGCCAUGUGCUACCACAUGCGACUGUUCGGCAUGGCGUUGGACCGAAGAGACCUCAUGGACUAUGCUCCCAUCCUCGCUCACGCUGCUGCUGCUGCUGCUGCUGAAGCUGCUGCUGCUGCUGCUGCUGCUGCUGCUGCUGCUGCUGCUGCUGCUGCUGCUGAAGAUGAAUCUGCUGGUGCUUUGGAUGGAUCAGCUGCAACAGCACCAGCUGUUGGCACAACUGCGGCUGAUUAUGCUGCCGGCGCGCCUCCCACUCCCAUCAGCACCGCUGUGCGCCCCUUUGGAGCUUUCUGGACCGCAUCCCACUACUGCCUCGUGCUGCCCUGCUUGGGACGAGGAGGAGAGGAAGGAAGGGAGGGAGAAAGCGAAAGAGGAGGAGGAGAAAGAGGGACAGCAGCAGACUGGCGAGGGGAAGAUGGGGGAGGGAAGGAAGGGAGAGGGGCUUUUUUAGACAAGGGAUGCGCAGGGGUCGAUGCAGGGGACCGCGGAGGAGGGGAUGACGGCAUGUGCGGGAAUGACGGCAUGUGCGGGAAUGACGGCAUGGGAGGGAAUGACGGCAUGGGAGGGAAUGACGGCAUGUGCGGGAAUAACGGCAUGUGCGGGAAUGACGGCAUGUGCGGGAAUAACGGCAUGUGCGGGAAUGACGGCAUGUGCAGGGGAGGGGAUGAUGAUAUGAUGCGCGUGUUGAUGGGGAGGAUUGACUGGGAGACGGUGGACAGAGUGGUGUCCCUGGGAGGCCGUAGUGCGGCCUCUCAUGGCUGUGCACGUGAUGCUCAUGCUGCUGAUGGUGCUGAUGCUGCUGCUGAUGGUGCUGAUGCUGCUGCUGAUGCUCGUGGGCCUGUAAAGGAGCAUGACCUGCAUGGCAUGGCAGCAUAUGCGGAUGCUGCUGUUGUUCCAAACAGCGCCCCUGUUACUGCUGCUACCAAACCCCUGCUUGUGCCUCCUCGUGCUCCUGGCAGCACGCCUCUGCUCAUGACAGCUUGCGGGCCGGUGAAGGAGCUUGACCUGCAUGGCAUGGCAGCAUAUGCGGAUGCUGCUGUUCCAAACAGCGCCCCUGUUACUGCUGCUACCGCACCCCUGCUUGUGCCUCCUCGUGCCUCUGGCAGCACGCCUCUGCUCAUGACAGCUCGCGGGCCUGUGAAGGAGCGUGAGCUGCAUGGCAUGGCAGCAUAUGCGGUGCAUUCGCAUCUGCUGUACCAGCUGGUGGGGAGGGACACUGAAGGGAGAACAGCACGGACUGGUGGGGAGGCACCCGGAGGGAAGGACAGCAAGGAGUGCGUUGGUGGAGCCGCAUGGAGGCACGUUCCAACAGUACUUCCAGAACCAGUGAGUGCUAUACUCCCCUCUUGUUGCAGUGUGAGCUUUGCAAGGGAUAGGGGCAUGCGGGUGGAGGGACUGGGGGUUGCAUUGGCGUCAGGUGUACCAGCUGGUGGCUGGUGCUAG